UGUGCUCCGCCGCCAUCUUCUGAGCCGGGAGGUUUGCGUUCUCCGGCUCCUAUGUCCUGAGGUAGACUAGAAAUCAAAACCGAAAGCAUUAAUUCCUAACGGCCGGACUCACGAUGACAUUCUAAGGGUUAGUGAACGGGGCUCGGCAGAUGUGUAAUAGGCGGCUAAAGGCAGUUCCCUUAUCCCUCGGCGAGAUCUCUGCCUUAAACAGCGUUGAUGUCUACGCUCAGAGGCGGCUCAGGUCUGUUCAACAGCUGUAAGAGAACUGCUUAUGUAAAAAUGAAUCAAGUUAAGAAUGAAAACCAGAGAAGUGCUGUGGUAGAGUCUGCUUCAUGUCAUGUUGGCUUUCUGUUUAAGAAAACAGUAGGCUGGCAGUUUUGAAGGGACAGCAACAAAGUGAUGACCAAGCACCAAGUGCCAGCUGUCCUUAUUCAUGAGAUUGAACAAGAAUUGGAUGAAGAAGAAGAAGAGAUGAUGGGUUUUUUAUGCCGAGACCUUGCUCCUGACUUGGCCAAUGCUGACCUUAGGGAGCUCCUGAUGGCUUUGAAUGAGAGGGAGAAAUUGUCUUUUCUUGGCUUGUCUGAGUUGUUGUAUAGAGUUAAGAGGUUUGACUUGCUGAGGAGGAUCUUGAAGACUGAGAAGGCAACAGUGGAAGCUGACCUUGCCAGGAGUCUCAGACUUGUCCCUGAUUACAGGGUACUGAUGGUAGAGAUUAAUGAGAAUCUGGAAAAAGAAGAAGUGAGUUCUCUUGUUUUUCUACUCAGAGAUUAUACAGCUCGUAUGAAAAUGGCGAAAGAUAAGAGUUUUCUAGCUCUUGUGAUUGACCUGGAGAAACUAAAUUUGGUAGCUCCUAAUCAACUGGAUCUGAUAGAAAAUUGUUUUCGAAGCAUUCACAGGAUAGACCUGAUUAAGAAGAUUCAGAAGUACAAACAUGAAGCUGUAAUGUGCUCUGUUCAUUCUCAGCCAGUAUAUGUCAAUGCACAUCAGGCAUCUCUCCCUAAUCUCAGUCUGAUUGAUCCUCCUUAUAGUUCAGGGAUCCAGAAUGUGAACAAAGAAAAAUCACAGAUUGGACAAAGUGUUAUUCUGGCAGAACCAGUCCACAUGUCCAUUCAGGAAUCAGGACCAGCAUCAUAUAAGGUGUUUGAUGAUAAGUACAGAAUGCAAAGUCAACCUCUAGGAAUAUGCCUGAUAAUAGACUGUAUUGGCAAUGAUGCAGAUAUGUUGGAAGAGACCUUCAGAGGCUUAGGCUAUGAUGUUCAUUGUCACAAAUACUUAAAUACGAACACCAUGAAUCAAACAUUGAUUGACAUUGCAAGGUUGCAGAAGCACAGAAACUGUGACAGCUUCAUUUGCAUAUUGGUCAGCCGUGGAAAUUCUAAGAGCAUCUUCUGUACGGACCAUCCCUUUUCUGGAUUCCCUUUGGAACAAGUAAAGAAGUACUUCAGAGCAGAUUCAUGUCCUGAACUCCUAGGAAAACCAAAGCUUUUUUUUAUUCAGAGCUACAUUGUGCCAGACAAUGAGCAAGAAUGUACUAGUUUGUUGGAAGUAGAUGGGAAUAAUGAGAACAUCUUAACUAAUGCAGAAACCCCAUGGCAAGCCACUAUUCCCCAAGUAGCAGACAUCUUUUGGAGUCACUGCAAGGUAAACGUGUCUACACUAGAAAAAUCUUCAAAUUCAUCCUCAUAUUAUCUGCAUUGCCUGGCUGAGCUACUCUGCAGUCCUCAUAAAAGGAAGCUCUCUGUAUUGGAUAUCCAUACAGAACUGAACAGAAAAGUCUAUGAAUGGAAUAAGACCGCUGACCCAAGCCAACAAUAUUCACUUCUGCUCCAGCACACACUGAGGAGGAAACUUUUUCUUUCUGCCACUUAACUGCUGUUGGAAAGGAUCUCUCUGAAGUGGCUAAUGAGAAACACUUACUAUGAUCCAGUCAGUUCUUACACAUGCUCUUACUUUAUGCAUUGUUACUGCAUGUAUAUCUAAAGUGCCUGUUGCUUCCAACCCCAGGGAUUUAGAAGCAUUUUGGUGUGUUAAGGCACUAGAUAUUAUAUUCUAAUACAGAAGGUUCCUAAAGCUUGGAUGAGAAUGGUGGCUAUCAUACAGCACUGCCACAGAUCUUUCAAUCAUGUACCAGAGGUAAACAGGUUGGAAAGAGCUCUAAACUGUACAGUUGUUGGUUUCCCAGGGUUUUGUGUAUUUAUUGUUUCAUUGGUUCUUUUUUAGGAUACCUAUUAGCAGUGCACUGAUCUAGGUUCUUCUGUUGAUGCUUAAAACAAAUACAAGCCAGGGCAAACUGCUGAAAUUCACUGGAUACUUUCCCCAGCACCUAAUAAUGGGAAACAUGUCGGGAAAGAAUGCCUACCUAGCAAUGCCAGUUGUUCAUUAACAAGUUCUGGCUUGCGUUCCUCCACAGACUAGCUUAACAGAAGGAGGAGAGAGAUGGUCUUUUAAAUAAUUUGGAUUCCAUCUGCUUGCUGUGUUAAAAGUGAUUCAUCCAGGACUGCUGUCAGUACUAUCCACAGCACACAAGGGUUCAGUUCUAUGUUAAUAAAUGAGACAGUCUGCCAUAUUGUGGGCUAACUAUGUUUUCUGCUGAUGCAAAAAUGAGCCUACAUGUGGCAGGGCUUUACAGUAAUCUACCACCCAGGUAAAAAAAUGUGGGAUUUUGGCAGGAAUUAUGGAAGCUGAAACAUGAUUCACACUUAUUGACCAGGCAUAGUUGUAAAAGUCCACUUUAUCAUAUUUGAACCCCCGUGUUGUGUGCAGCCACUGGCUCUUAAAAGUGGAUUAAACACCACACUCGCUGCUUUUGCUCAUGAAAAAGGACAUGUCUAUUAAUUGAUUCUUUUUUCUCCUCCAAGUUGCUCUUGUUCUUCUGAAAAAGACAUGAGUGAAAACUGUAAAUACAGUAUGAGCUGUAUUAAAACUUAAUGUCACCAAAUUUAUGGCUUUCUCUUUCCUCCUAAAGUAGACCACUUGCCUACUUUUAAUACUCCUAAUGCAGUGUCUUGUCCAGGAAAAAAAAAUAAGGGCCUGGGAAUGCCUUGCUUGGUUUCUUGUGUAGUCACGCCAUACAUCCUUCUGGCAUGUGUUUCAUGGCAGCAGAAGGGGGGUUUUGCUAAUGCAGGGUAUGCUAGUUCCUUGAACAAGUAUACUGCAAAAAGAUUUUUUUUUUUGCUAGUGUAGCUGUAUUUAAUUUGAGCAAAAAGCACGUGUGCUUUUGUAUAUAACUUCACCAACAAUACUUUUAAUUGUAGAUCAAGUCUAUCAGGCAGCUAGCCUAUUGAUAGAAUACCUUGUACAUUGUAUACUAUCAGUAUAUGUCAGUAUAUUGGGAAUAAUUAGGAGUGCUUGGCCAGUAAAUUUACUCCAAUAACAGUGAUUUUUUUUUUUAAUUCCUCGACGUUAUGUUGUACUUAGAUGUUGGCUUUACAUCAGUUUUAUCAACUUUUUUUUUUUUGAACCAGGUUUCUUAAGUUACAUUCAGAAAAAACCAAAAAACCAAAUGCAUUUUCAAGUAGCUACUCUAAUUGAAAGUAAAAAUAAUUUUUAUGUGGCAAAGAGUAGAUAUGGAAGUUUAAAAGUCCUUGGGAGCCCUUCCUUAUUAUGCGAUAUAGACCGAGAUUAAGAGCAUACAAAGAGGAGAAACCCACUGAACUGGUUUUAGCUUAUAAUCUUUUAACUAUCCACAUAAAAUGUUACUAUUAACAUACUUAUUUAUUGAUAUUAAUGUACCAUUUUGUAUGAUACGGAAAGUACAUAUUAUAUAUUGCGAUUAAAUAUUCAGCUCUUUAUUUUGUAUUCAUUUUAUUUGCAUGUUAACUCUAGGAAGUUACAUGCACGGUUGUGAGGAAAUUUUUGCACAAUUUAGGAAAAUAACUCACCUGUAUUGCAAGCUUGUGCAUUCCAGGCUUUUCUUUUUCCGCUUCAUAAACUAUAGUGUUCUCUUUUAAAAAGUUUCCAUAUACUUUUAUUAUAGGUUUGAAUUGGGAAACGUAACCCAAAAAUUCAUGUCAUCAAUGUGUUAUAUGUGUAACUGUAAUUUUAUGUAGGCACAGGCAUAGAAGGAAAAACAGAAAAGAAUAUUUUGCAAAAUUCAGACAUUCUCCAAAAGCUUGUUUCCUAUGAACAUUAAAGCAAAAAUAUUAAAUCCAAUUUCAUGAUGUUUUAAGUGUGGAAAUAAACACAUCAUAGUGGGGCAGGAAGAGAGGGCAGGUCUUUCUUCCAUUUUACUGUUUUCUAAGAAAGGGCUCAUUGAACUGGUCUUAAACUGGUGCCAUAUUGCUUCUGGCUUUAACAAUACUUGUGUCUUAAAACUACAUUCAUAAGUAUUCCACGCACCCAACUAGAGAACUUACUGCAUUGCAUCAACAGAAGGGUCUAUAUUAUAUGUGAUAGGUAAUAAAAAUAACAUUAAUUUAUAACCCUGAUUGUUUAGUAACUCAUUAUCUUAGAAUAAAGAACAAACUAAUUUUGAAACUAUACCUUGCUAAUUUUUUACGGGGUAAGAGAAGGCUUAUAAAAUGACAGAUUUGGAAUCUUAGAAGUUACUUUCUGGAAUGGUUGGCAAAUGAAGCUAAUGGUGAAACAAAUAUUUCCUGUGGUUGUAGAAAUACGAUAUGAUUCCUCGUUACCAUAUAUAUCAAUGUGAUGUUAAUAAAUUUGAUUUCUUUCAUAAAUUAACCUCACUUUUUCCCAUUUCCCUUACUAGCUUUUGCAUGUGAUGAGCACUUCUGCUGCCUUGUAGACAACCAAAAGCAGGGAGAUGGAACAAAGAGGAGGCAGAGAGAUGAGGGAAAGAAAUACUGAAAUUUCAAUUGGGAACAUGAAUGGGAAUGGCAGGGAGAACCAAGAGAAGAACAAGUAGGGAAAAGAAGAUUUGGAGGAGAAAUACAG